CACACGAGCAGUCGAGCACUCGCCGCCUUUGAGCACAAGACCCAUCAUCAGCUGCGGCCUCUCUGCGCUCAGCUUCCCUACUGCAAUUCAAGCAACUGCUGCAGGCAUGGAGGCCACCCAGAACGUGGAGGUCACUGCCCUGGUGCAGAAGAUCACCGGCCUCCACGCCGCCAUCUCCAAGCUGCCGUCGCUGAGCCCGUCCCCCGACGUCAACGCGCUCUUCACCGACCUCGUCAUGGCCUGCGUCCCGCCGAGCCCCGUUGACGUGACCAAGCUCGAUCCGGAGGCGCAGAGGAUGCGCGAGGAGCUCAUCCGCCUCUGCUCCGACGCCGAGGGCCACCUCGAGGCGCACUACUCCGACAUGCUCGCCGCCUUCGACAACCCGCUCGACCACCUCGGCCGCUUCCCCUACUUCAGCAACUACAUCAACCUGAGCAAGCUGGAGUACGACCUCCUGGUCCGCCACAUCCCCGGCCUCGCGCCGUCCAGGGUCGCGUUCGUCGGGUCAGGCCCCUUGCCGUUCAGCUCGCUCGUGCUCGCGGCGCGCCACCUGCCCAACACGCACUUCGACAACUACGAUCGGUGCGGCGCCGCCAACGACCGUGCGCGAAAGCUGGUCCGCGCGGACAAGGACCUGAGCGCGCGCAUGUCCUUCCACACGGCCGACGUCUCCAACCUCACGGCCGAGCUCGGCAAGUACGACGUCGUGUUCCUGGCCGCGCUUGUCGGCAUGGCGGCCGAGGACAAGGCCGACGUGGUUGCGCACCUUGGCAGGCACAUGGCGGACGGAGCGGCCCUCGUCGUGCGGAGCGCGCACGGGGCUCGCGGGUUCCUGUACCCCAUCGUCGAUCCAGAGGACAUCCGUCGCGGCGGAUUCGAUGUGCUGACCGUGUACCACCCGGAAGGUGAGGUGAUCAACUCGGUGAUCAUCGCGCGCAAGGUCGACGCGCAAAAGAACGAGGAGGUUGCUGCUCUUGUCCAAAAGAUCGCCGGCCUCCACGCCGCCAUCUCCAAGUUGCCAUCACUGAGCCCAUCUUCCGACGUCGACAAGCUGUUCACCGACCUCGUCAUGGCCUGCGUCCCACCGAGCCCGGUCGACGUGACCAAGCUGGCCCCGGACGCGCUGCGAAUGCGGGAGGAGCUCAUCCGCCUCUGCUCCGACGCCGAGGGCCACCUCGAGGCUCACUACUCCGACAUGCUCGCCGCCUUCGACAACCCGCUCGACCACCUCAGCCGCUUCCCCUACUUUAGCAACUACAUCAACCUGAGCAAGCUGGAGUACGAACUCCUGGUCCGCUACGUCCCGGGCCUCGAGCCUUCCCUCGUCGCCUUCGUCGGGUCAGGUCCCCUGCCCUUCAGCUCGCUCGUGCUCGCCGCGCGCCACCUGCCGAGCACGGUGUUCGACAACUACGACCGGUGCGCCGCCGCCAACGACCGCGCCCGGAAGCUAGUUCGCGCGGACGCGGACCUGCGCAAGCGGAUGUCCUUCCACACAACCGAUGUCGCCGACCUCACGGACGAGCUCCGCAAGUACGACGUGGUCUUCCUGGCUGCGCUUGUCGGCAUGGCGGCCGAGGACAAGGCCAAGAUCGUUGCUCACCUCGGCAGGCACAUGGCCGACGGAGCGGCCCUCGUCGUGCGGAGCGCGCACGGGGCUCGCGGGUUCCUGUACCCCAUCGUCGAUCCCGAGGACAUCCGUCGCGGUGGGUUCGAUGUGCUGGCCGUGUACCACCCGGACGACGAGGUGAUCAACUCCGUCAUCGUCGCGCGCAAGGUCGACGACGCCGACGCGAACGGGCCUCAGAAUGGACGGGCGCACGCUCGCGGCGCGGUGCCGAUAGUGAGCCCGCCUUGCAAGUGCUGCAAGAUGGAGGCGAGCGCGCUCCAAAUGAGGGAGGAGAUGGAGAUGGCGGCAAAGGAGAUGUCCGUUUGAUGUGGCGCGACGAGGAGCUGCGCCUGGUAAUAACAACUUGCUGUGUUUGAUCACUUCAUCAAUUUCGUGUUAUCGUGAUAACGUUCGUGUGUACUUUUUUUUAUGCCAUCCGUUGCGUUAGUGUGCUUUGUUACCUAUAUAUGUGAUGUAUGCCAAUACUUGAGUUUCCGAUGUGGAAGACAUCGAUGAGGAUAAAAUAAUGUGCAAGGCAAGGAAUACCACAUGUGUUUGUAAGUGUGCCGUCAAAAAAUAAAAAGGAUUUCUCCCCUAACG